AUGUGGGACCAGUUGGAACCCACAGGGCCUCACGUCACCUAUUUAACAUUUUCAGUAUUCCUCAUAACGUACGCGUUGUUCUCGCAAUUUAUCAGAAACAAUCUUCAUCUGUCAGAGCCGCCAAUAGCUGUCUUGUUCGGCAUCAUCCUCGGUCCAUAUGUGCUGAAUUGGAUAACUGCUAAGGAAUGGGGCCUCGACGAUGGAAUUAUGCAAGAAGUAACCCGAAUUAUUGUCGGGAUCCAAUGCUUCGCAGUUGGGAUUGAGCUUCCAAAAUUCUGGUUCAAUCGCCAUUGGAAAUCUGUGUUGUACUUUUUGGGACCUAUCAUGACAUUUUCAUGGGCUAUCACGGCGUUGUUUGCAUACCUGAUUUUCCAAACUAGUGUUCCGACAGCUAUGCUUAUUGGCGCAUGUCUUUCGCCAACAGAUCCUGUUCUUUCAGCAAGCGUUCUAUCAAACAGCCGGUUCAGCGAACGAGUGCCUGCGCGUUUAAAGAAUUUGCUCUCUGCAGAAUCAGCUUGCAAUGACGGCGUCUCAUUCCCGUUUUUGUACAUUGGAAUUGUAUCUUUCAAACAUGCGACAUCCGCCGGAGAGGCGGUCAAAGAAUGGUUCCUUAUCACGAUUCUGUGGCAAUGUGCUCUUGGUAUAGUCGUUGGACUCAUAAUAGGUACCAUUGCGAACCGGGUUCUUCGCUUUACGGACUCCCGAGAAUACAUAUCCGAGCCAUCAUUCGUCGUCUUCUAUCUGCUUCUCGCCAUUCUCUCCAUUGGAGUUGGCUCAAUGCUUGGAUCAGAUGACUUUCUAGUCGCUUUCGGCGCUGGUGUUGGGUUUGCUCAUGAUGGAUGGUUCUCUAGCAAGACCAAAGCAACAGCAUUCCCAUACAUCAUCGACAUGAUCCUCAAUAGCGGGAUGUUCGUCUUUUUCGGUUCCAUCAUCCCAUUCGACAAAUUCGUGCCUUCCUACACAACACCUAAUUGCGGAAUAUGGCAACUGUUCAUCUUUUUAAUUCUGGUCCUUCUCUUCCGCCGUAUUCCAGUGGUGUUGGCCAUGAAACGAAUUGUCCCGGAACUACAUACAUACCGCGAAGCCCUCUUUUGCGGCCACUUCGGUCCAAUGGGCGUUGGCGCAUUAUUUCUGGCCAUCGAAGCUAGAGCUCAGCUUGAGACUGGCACCAGUAUACCAAGAGGCGAACCAGAUUUCAGCAAACCGCUUACCGAUAAGCAGCGAGCUAUAUAUCUUAUUUGGCCUGUGAUUUGUUUCGUCGUUCUCGGCAGUACGAUGGUGCAUGGUUUGAGUACCUUGGUUAUUAGUAUUGUGGGACACUUUGCGAGACACGAGGGAGAGCGGGCGCCCUUGUUAGGACAAGAGACAGAGGGGCUGGAUGCUAUGGUACAUGAUACGGGGAGUGAAGAUGAGGGUGCUGCUGACGAAGAGAGUAUAAGCGGGCUUGCGCGUUGA